AUGAGUCGACACACGUCAUCGCCGCAGAGUAGAGGAACCGGCGCGUCCCUAAAAGUCGGCUUUCCUUGGGUGGCCUCCUAGGAUCGUCUUUACCACUUUUUUGUCGUCUUCUUUUUAGUAGCACACAAUCUUUCGUGGAGAUCGCGGAACUUUUAUUACUGAUUCACCUUAUUUACAUCCGAUUGAAGCGCGCAAGGUGUGACCGGUGAAUCUUUUCAUGGCAACAUAUCAAGAGUUCAUUCAGCAGAAUGAGGACCGGGAUGGAGUUCGCUUCAGCUGGAACCUAUGGCCUUCCAGCCGACUGGAGGCCACCCGGCUGGUGGUUCCAGUGUCUUGCCUGUUCACCCCCUUGAAGGAGCGCCUAGACCUGCCUCCCGUCCAGUAUGAGCCUGUCCUUUGCGGCCGUGCCACCUGCAGGGCUGUCCUCAACCCUCUCUGUCAAGUUGACUUCAGGGCUAAGAUCUGGGCAUGCAACUUCUGCUUCCAGAGAAACCCGUUUCCACCCACGUAUGCAGGCAUCUCGGAUGUGAAUCAGCCUGCGGAACUAAUGCCACAGUUCUCAACAAUUGAGUACAUAGUACAGCGAGGGCCUCCGACACCCUUGAUCUUCCUGUACGUCGUGGAUAUCUGUCUGGAAGAGGAGGACCUCCAGGCGCUGAAGGAGUCACUGCAGAUGUCCCUCAGCCUGCUGCCCCCCAACGCCCUAGUGGGCCUCAUCACCUUCGGCCGCAUGGUGCAGGUGCACGAGCUCAGCUGCGAGGGCAUCUCCAAGAGCUAUGUCUUCAGGGGAACCAAGGACCUUUCCGCCAAGCAGAUCCAGGAAAUGCUGGGUCUGAUCAAACCGACGGUAGCAGGACCGCAGGGACAUCCAGUGGUACCUCAAGAUGCACAUACCAGCUGCAGAUUCCUUCAGCCUGUGCAGAAGGUGGACAUGAACCUGACAGACCUUCUCGGGGAGCUGCAGAGGGACCCCUGGCCCGUUGCUCAGGGCAAGAGGCCGCUGCGAUCCACAGGCAUCGCUCUGUCUAUCGCCGUGGGACUGCUGGAGGGCACAUUCCCCAACACAGGGGCCCGUGUGAUGCUCUUCACAGGGGGCCCCCCAACUCAGGGCCCGGGGAUGGUAGUAGGGGACGAGCUGAAAACCCCCAUCCGCUCCUGGCACGACAUCCAAAAGGACAACGCCCGCCACCUGAAGAAGGCCACCAAGUACUACGAAGCCCUGGCAAACCGUGCGGCAGUGAAUGGACACUGCAUCGAUAUAUACGCCUGCUCCCUCGACCAGACAGGCCUUCUAGAGAUGAAGUGCUGCUCCAAUCUCACUGGGGGGCACAUUGUAAUGGGAGACUCCUUCAACACCUCGCUUUUCAAGCAGACCUUUCAACGAGUCUUCAGUAAGGAUUUCAACAACGAGUUCCGCCUGGCCUUCGGCGCCACCAUGGAAGUGAAGACUUCAAGGGAGCUGAAAGUGUCUGGAGCCAUCGGUCCUUGUGUCUCGCUGAACAGCAAGGGUCCUUGCGUGUCGGAGAAUGAAAUGGGCAUCGGUGGCACCAGCCAGUGGAAGAUCUGUGGCAUGAACCCCUCCACCACACUGGCUCUCUACUUUGAGGUUGUGAAUCAGCACAACGCUCCGAUUCCUCAGGGGGGUAGAGGAGCAAUUCAGUUCGUCACGCAAUACCAGCACUCCAACACACAGAGGAGGAUCCGCGUCACCACUAUCGCCAGGAACUGGGCAGACGCACAGUCACAGAUCCAGCACAUUGAGGCGUCGUUCGACCAGGAGGCAUCAGCAGUGCUGAUGGCCCGGCUGGGUGUGUUCCGUGCGGAGUCUGAGGAAGGGCCAGACGUAUUACGCUGGCUGGACAGGCAGCUCAUUCGGCUGUGCCAGAAAUUUGGACAGUUCAACAAGGAUGACCCCAACUCCUUCCGGCUUUCCGAGUCCCUCUCCCUGUACCCACAGUUCAUGUUUCAUUUGCGGAGGUCACCGUUCCUCCAGGUGUUCAACAACAGCCCUGACGAAUCGUCAUACUACAGGCAUCAUUUCAUGAGGCAGGACCUGACACAGUCGCUCAUCAUGAUCCAGCCGAUCCUCUAUUCAUACUCCUUCUACGGACCUCCUGAGCCGGUGCUCCUGGACAGCAGCAGUAUCCUGGCAGAUCGUAUUCUGCUGAUGGACACCUUUUUUCAGCUUGUCAUCUACCAUGGCGAGACCAUCGCUCAGUGGCGCAAAGCUGGGUACCAGGACAUGCCCGAGUAUGAGAACUUCAAACAGCUGCUGCACGCUCCCCUGGAUGACGCCCAGGAGAUCUUGCAGACGCGGUUCCCCAUGCCCCGUUACAUCGACACCGAGCACGGCGGAUCCCAGGCCCGGUUCCUGCUGUCAAAGGUCAACCCAUCCCAGACUCACAACAACCUCUACGCCUGGGGCCAGGAAUCUGGAGCACCCAUUCUCACGGAUGAUGUCAGCCUUCAAGUGUUCAUGGAUCACCUGAAGAAGCUGGCUGUGUCCAGUGCAGCGUAAUACCAAAUGGAAGGAUUUCUGAACAGGAGGAGCCGUCUUCCAGUCCCUCGAACUCAUUGACAUUUCAAAUCCUUAAUGCUUUACAGUGUUGACGAGACCUAUGACCUCUGCUGUAAAACAAGUUGUCUCAAUAUAACUUGUGGGAAUGAUUCUUUUAAAGGACUAUGCUUUUAACAUUCCACUAUAGCCUUUAGAUAUCUAAUUUCCUAACUUUGUUCAAAGAGAGAAUUUGAGCAGUUGACUUUUGGCAUUUUAAUGUUAUGCUAAAACUAAUGUAUGUGGAAGGAAACUGUGAUAUUGUCAUUUCUCGAUGGUAUUUUAUGAAAGCAGAGAAGGAAAUGAUUUAAAUGUAGAAAUACCAGUGUUGUCAUGUCUUUCAAAAAACUAUUUGAAAUUAAUGUAUGUUUAAUACUUUGUUUUUUGUGUUAAUACUAUAAAAGUUAUGAUCUCUUGUAUUCUACCUUGAUAAAUGCAUUAUUUAAAUAGAACUAUGGAUUAAAAAGUAUAGUAAUUGA